AUGCCCUCCGACCUUCUCAGACCUCCUGCAACAUUCUCAUCACUAUCCACAGAAAUCCGCCUCAUGGUCUAUGCAUUUUGCGAGGAGCAUGUUCGACAUACAUACAUGGUACAGAAAACAAAGAAAGGACAAUUCAGCUUGGACGUCGCCAUACACCCACUUACCACUCUCCUGCUUCGACAGCCGCUCCUCCAAGUCUGCAGACUGAUCAGAUCGGAGAUUCUGCCAAGUCUCACAGAGCACGUUUCGCUUCGAAUCGACUGGAACGCCUUCGACCAUGUUCCCAGUCCGCUGGCGCCCCUCCCAAGAGAGUACUUGGAGAACGUAUCUGCUGUCACGAUCAAACUAGACGCCGAAUACGGCUCUCCUCGCCACUUUGGCUUUGCCUAUCUCCUCAGACGUGUUCCUAAGGCGAGCCACGUCAAGGUCAAGAUCAUUAAUCUGGUCAAUCCGGCAACCGAUGUUCCUGGUCGUCCACGCAUCAACGGGCACGACGCUGAAGCACAUAUGGCUGAGUUGUACAACUUGUUAUCGUCAAGCUACGCAAACGAGUUUCCCAGCAAGAACUUCAGCUUGAAAUGUAAAUAUGGCGAGUUCCACUCGUUUGCAGGAUUCUCGGCAGACGAUCGCAUGUCUCUCAGGCUUGACGGGCCUCUGCUCCGUGGUAAACUGAACAAGAAUAUCAAGAAGGCACAGGCGGCCGAUGCGGCUUUGAGGACAGUGAGAGUUACAGAUCAGCUGUUCAAUCUGGCUCGUGCUAGGCGCGACAACAGAAUUGGGGUUGUUGCGGCACCUACUUGCAACAACGACAGCUGGGAUAUCGGGUAUCGAAGAAUUCUGCAUAGCGCUGGCCUAAACUACUUCCAGCUCGCGCGUGAGUAG